AUGAAAUAAUUAUAAAUAUGCUCAAAAGGGUUAUUUGGAGUUAUUGCUAUAGGAUUUAGUUAUGGAAUUUACCGAAUAUUUAGAGGGGUAGAGUGAGUAUUUGGUAUAUUUAGUUUACAAAAGGAGAGUUUAGAGAGAAUAUAAAAUAAUAGAUUGUAAAAUGUUACAAUGAUAGUACUAAUAAAGGGUUUGUUGAACCAUUUGAUAUAUUAUAAACUUUUUCUAAAAAUGAAUAAGGAAUAGAGUUUCAUAUAAAAUUAGUGAAAUCUCUGGCAAAGAAACCAGUGGGUUAUUAAUAAAAUGUAAGUAGGAAUAUAAAUAUAGAUUAAUCCUUUAAUUGAACCUUUUGAAGAAGGAUAAUUAGUAAUGAAACUUUAGAAAUAUAAUCUUUUAUUAAAUAAAUAUCCUGUAAAUCCAUAUCAUACAUUAUUGGUGCCAGAAUAAUUUAUUCAUUAGUCUGAAAAGUUCAGCAAAGAAUACUUAAGUUUAACUUAUGAUAUUUUAUGUGCAGUAGAAGGAUUUGCAUUUUUUAAUUCUCAUAGUGAAGCAGGGGCUUCUUUAGAUCACAAACAUGUUUAAAUUGUGUCUAAAUUAGCAUUUUAAAGUGCAAAUAUAUUAAAUCAUAUAAGAGAAUGGUAAUUUGAGAGAAGUGUGAAAGAGUAAAAUAAAUUCAUAAGGUUAAGGUAUUUAAAAAAGAUUAAACAUUUCAUUUUAUUUUUUAAUCAGGAUUAAUUAUAAAGCAAGAAUUGUGAUGAAUAAUAGUAAUAGAAUUUAAUUUACGAGACUUAUGAAAGAUUAUUAAAUAAAUGUUAAGUAGAUAACAUAUAGGAUUUGAAACAUAAUUUAAUAAUGACUUAAGAGUUUAUGAUGAUAGUAGUUCGAAAAAAAGCUAAUUAUAAUGGAGUAUCAUUUAAUGCAGUAUGUUUUACAGGGUCCUUAUUGGCUAAAAAUGAGUAGGAAUGCGAGAAGUUAAAGUAAGCCAGAAUAAUUGAAAUACUAGAGAAUUUAGCAGAAGUUGAUGAAUAUGUUUAUUAGGAUAUAGAUGAAUGUUGA